GGGAAAGCUAAAUUGGCGGGAGUGGAGUGGGUGCAGCUGUAACGGAACAUACAGGGAGCUCUGGGCUCAGGCAGGGAGCGAACAUUGGCGCAGAGUACCGGAGACGGGCCUCAGAGCAAAAUCCAUGGCUUGGGAGAAGGCGUGGCGGCGAAUAUCCUGCUCCAGAUAAUGGAGGGUGGGCCUCGGUGUCAGGUCUUGAAGGUGGUCCUUUGUCCUGUGGUAGCCAAGAAGGCCCUUAAUCGGAUUUUUGGACUGAGGAAUCGGAGCCCGCCAGGGAGCAAGAUGGCGGCUGCGGAGGCGGUGCACCACAUACACCUGCAGAACUUCUCUCGCUCACUGCUGGAGACCCUUAAUGGGCAGAGGCUGGGGGGGCACUUCUGCGACGUGACUGUGCGCAUCCGCGAGGCUUCGCUGCGCGCACACCGCUGCGUGCUAGCUGCUGGCUCGCCCUUUUUCCAGGACAAGCUGCUGCUGGGUCAUUCUGAGAUCCGCGUGCCGCCGGUGGUACCCGCGCAGACUGUGCGCCAGCUGGUUGAGUUCCUCUACAGCGGCUCACUGGUAGUGGCGCAAGGCGAAGCGCUGCAGGUGCUCACAGCUGCGUCGGUGCUUCGCAUCCAAACAGUUAUUGACGAGUGCACGCAGAUUAUCGCGCGUGCUCGCGCCCCGAGCACUUCAGCACCCGCGCCCCUGCCUGCGCCGGUGCCUCCACCUCUGGCGCCAGCCCAACUGCGGCACCGCUUGCGCCACUUGUUAGCUGCGCGCCCUCCGGGGCACUCCAGCGCCGCGCAUAGCCGCAAGCAGCGCCAGCCCGCACGUCUGCAGCUACCUACAUCUCUGGCGCCAGCCAAGGCCGAAGGACCUGACGCCGAUCCUGCACUGCCAUCGGCCUCUGACGACCGAGGCGACGAUGAGGACGAGGAGACAGAUGAUGACACUGACGGUGAGGACGGCGAAGGCGGUGGCCCGGGUGAGGGCCAGGCUCCCCCUUCCUUCCCAGACUGUGCGGCGGGCUUCCUUACUGCUGCUGCUGACAGCGCUUGUGAGGACCCCCCUGCGCCCGCCGGCCUUGCUGACUAUGGCGGUGUUGGCAGGGACUUCCUUCGGGGAGCUACAGCAGCUGAAGAUGUGUUCCCCGACAGCUAUGUAUCUGCUUGGCACGAUGAGGACGGUGCUGGCGCUGAAGGCUGUGCUUCUGAGACUCCUGUCCCGCCUGACUGCGUCCUAGCCGGACCCCGCCCGCCCGGAGUGAAGACCCCUGGGCCACCUGUCUCGCUUUUUCCUUUUCACCUGGGCGCUCCCGCCCCACCUCCUCCUGCGCCAUCCGGGCCAGCCACUGCGCCCCCACCUGCCUUCUACCCUGCGCUCCAGCCGGAUGCAGCCCCCACCUCUCAGCUGGGUGAAGCCCCAGCCCCCUCUGCCGCUCCUGCGACAACCCCCUCAACCACCCCAGCACGUGCCCCAGGUGCAGAGCCGCCGGCCUAUGAGUGUAGCCACUGCCACAAGACGUUCAGCUCACGGAAAAACUACACUAAGCACAUGUUCAUCCACUCGGGUGAGCCAGGGGGAGAAGCCACACCAGUGCGCCGUGUGCUGGCGAUCCUUCUCGCUGCGCGACUACCUGCUCAAGCAUAUGGUUACGCACACCGGUGUGCGCGCCUUCCAGUGCGCUAUCUGCGCCAAGCGCUUCACGCAGAAGAGCUCGCUCAACGUGCACAUGCGCACGCACCGGCCUGAGCGUGCGCCCUGUCCCGCCUGCGGCAAGGUCUUCUCCCACCGUGGUUUGCUGGAGCGCCACCUCUCCUCACACCCUGCGCCCUGAUUGGGGCCCGGGUCGGGCCGGCCUCUCCCACUGUGGGAGCAACCCCACCACAUACUCCUGAGCUCAGGCCCUCCCUCUGUCCUCACCCCUUUCUGUGUAAUGGGACCCAGUCCACCUUACUCCACCCUGUACUUCGACCUUCUAGGUGGUGCUGGGCUGUGUCUGGUUGGAGACCCGACCACCUCUGAUAACUGGACCAUUUCCAGCCUGAACCGGCUCUCCCCUUGGAGCCAGGCCCUGUGUUCCUGCCUGUGCCCACGGCUUGUAACCUGCCCGCUCCUGGGGGAUGGGGUAGGGAGGGGGGAAAGAGGGGUGUCCUGGGGCCAUGCCCCUUUCCCGGUGUUAGGCUGCAAAAGGUCCCCUACCCAGAGCUAGUCCUCCUUCAGGGGGCGCUUGAGGAGGCUCAGGUGCACCUGUGAUAGAAUGGGGCUGGGCCUUGCGACUCUUGAUCUGUAAUAAAGUACCAUUGGCCGUGGGGCCUAAACCACAAAGCUGCAUGCACCUGUACCAGGGCAUGCUUCUCUUUAUAGGUGGGCUGUGGGUGUCCUCGCUCAGAGUAUUGGUCCUUGGGCAGCACCCUGGCUGGUCCCCAGGCUCUCAUGGGCAGAGACAGCAUGACCCAUUUUUGCCAUCCCAGGUUUCUGUUCUGGAGGGCUAGGGUGGGCAGCAUAUAUAACUGGCACUUGGUUGUUUUGGAGCCCUCCAUCCCGUGGGGAAGGCGAUAGGCUCAUCUGAAGUGGGUCUUAGAGUGGAAGGCCACAUGUGGAAAUCUGUCAUGUGGUCACACUGCUGUCUGUCUUUAUCUACAAUAUAGAUUUCGAGGCCCCUCAGAUCUUUCAGCCAAAUUCUAAGGGCCUUUUAGACUUAAGGUUUCCACUUCCCCUUUCUGAUGGGUAUGAUGGUUGAGCACUUUAUUUCUGGGGACAUAAGGGGGUCUCUGGGGCAAGGCUGCCCUGCAGGUAGAUGAGCCAGGUAUACCUGCUUUGGCUGCCUGGGGCCAAAUUCCAGGGUGCAGGGCAAGUGCUGAGAAUAGGCAGGAAACAGCCACUGCUCAAACCCUUGGGCUGACCACUGGGCAGAUGGAGAUGGUGUCCCAUAGUCAAUUGCCAGUGUAACAGGACCCAACAUCCAGUGUGGAGAGGUGGCCACUCUCCUUUACUUCUCCCACCUCCUGCAUGUUGGUGGCUCCUGGCCAGGGCAGCCAGUCUUAAGGAUUGGAGCCUGUGAAAGGCCAUACCCCAGCCCAAUUUUCCAUACUCCUAGGCCAGUGGUGGCUUCUCUGUGAUUUUUUUUUUUUUUUUUUUUUGAGGCAGAGUCUCACUUUGUCACUGUCAGUUGAGUACUGUGGCAUAUUAGCUCACAGCAACCUCAAACUCUUGGGUUCAAGUGAUCCUCUUGCAUCAACCUCCCAAGUAGCUGGGACUACAGGUGCCCACCACAACACCCAGCUAUUUUUAGCAAUGAGGUCUUGCUCUGGCUCAGGCUGGUCUCAAACCUGUGAGCUCAGGCAAUCCACCCUCCCCAGCCUCCCAAGUGCUGGGAUUACAGGCAUCUGAUGACCCUUUGUGAUUACCCCCCAGAGGUGAGAGGCUGAGGUUUUCAUGGUCGAACCAGGUACAACACGUGCAGAGUUCAUUCUCCUGAACCCAAGCACUCUGUCCUCGUUCAUCUAGGGUGGGGCAGAGAGUUAAAGCAGGCACUUGGGUGGGAUUCAGAGCUGGGUUUAAAUUCAGACAAUGCAAAUGUUAACUUGCUGUGUACCAUGGCAGGAGGUUAUGUUCCCUUGGGUCACUUUUGGAUCUGACAGUGAGGUGUGGCAUGACAUGUUUGGAGGCAGGUCCACAUUAUCUUGUUGCUUUUAUUUUUGGCCUGAUUGGAAUGUUCCCCAAGACCAGGGAUUUCUGCCGGUCUCCCAAGAGUGCCUGGUGCACAACAAGCUUCAAAAGUGAGGGAAGGGAGGCAGAUGUCAGCCCUGGAGGGAGAACUUGUUAAGCAGCCAGCAGGACAGAGCCUGGCAAUGUAUGCCUGAGGGGCAGAGAUGUGGGAGUCCAAAAGCCAGUGGCAGAGCAGAGGGGGAUAGACCCUGGUGGAGGGAGCUUAUGGCCAGGCACAGGGGCUCAUGCUGUAAUCCCAGCAUUCUGGGAAGCCAAGGCAGGUGGCUUGCCUGAGCUCAGGAGUUUGAGACCAGCCUGAGAAGAGCGAGACCUCUGUCUCUGCUAAAAAUAGAAAAAUUAGCUGGGCAUAGUGGUGGGCACCUGUAAUCCCAGCUACUUGUGAGGCUGAGGCU